CAGCCUCCAUUUCCGCAUUUAACGUCACCAUUAAGCAACAUCGACUUCCUAUAAAACAAAAUUAAGGUGUUCUUUGAUCAAAGAUUUAAAACCUGAAUAGGAUUUAGUUUCAACCAAUUCCUCCAAGAUUUCUUGUCUUUGUGAUUUAAUAUUCAAGAAGCUGCUUUCUCAUACAUAUCCGCGCAAUCAUGAGUGAAGGAGAAUGGCCAUCGCAAUCCGAUCAAUCCACGAGAACUUCAGAUACCGGAUUGCAAGUCCUCAACUUUCAACCCGAUGACCCUUCUGACCCUCGAAACUUUUCUUUCCGGAGAAAAUGGAGUAUUGUGGGUGUCAUCACACUUAUCGAUUUGACAGUAUCUUGGGGAGCAUCAGGAUACUCACCUGCCCAGGAAAAACUGAUCGAGUCAUUUAACGUCAGUUCUGAAGUCGGGGUAUUGGGUCUCUCACUUUACAUUCUCGGAUUAGCAUUGGGACCGAUGACAUUAGCACCUUUAUCUGAAUAUUAUGGAAGGACUUACCUCUACAUAGUUCCUUAUGGAACAUUCCUCCUAUUUUUGCUUGGGACAGCUCUAGUACAGAAUAUUGGAGGAUUUCUAGUUUUAAGGUUCUUGUCGGGUCUCUUCGCUAGUGUAACGAUUGCCAAUUUUGGUGGAACUAUAGCCGAUCUCUGGCCAAGGGAUCAAAUAGGACCCGCGAUGAGCAUAUUUCUCUGGGCCGCCGUUUGUGGAAGUCCUUCCGGUUAUUUCUUGAUGUCGUUCGUUGCAGAGGCAUAUGGUUGGCGUGAGGUAUUCUGGGCUUUACUUGGCAUCUGUGGUGGAUUCUGGUUGAUACUUGUAGUGGUACUUUUGGUCUUUAAGAAUGAAACGAGACGUUCAGUGAUAUUGCGAAGGCGUGCAAAUCGGGCCAAUAAAGCUGCUGGAAGGAUAGUCGCUACAGUUCCCACGGAAAUGCGAAGUAAAUCGCUCGGACAACUAUUCAAAGAUACGCUCUCUCGACCAUUUCGUUUUCUUGGGACCGAGCCCGUUAUUAUUUUUGCAGCACUUUACAACGGUUUCCUCUAUGGUCUUUCGUUCCUCUUCAACAGUGCUUUCAAUCUGGUAUUUGGCAAGAUGGGUUAUGGCUUCGAGACAGUUGGCGUUGGUCUUUGUUUCCUUGGAAUUAUGAUGGGUAUCAGUUUGGGACCAUUUAUCAAUAUAUGGCAAGAAAAGCAUUAUCAAAAACGAAUUCGUGCAGCUGGAAUAAGGGAAGUGCAGUCUGAAGAUACGCUUGACCCUGAGAGAUUCAAAAAUAUACCAGAAGCACGAGUCCAGCUGGGCAGAAUUGCGGCUAUUCUACUACCUAUCAGCCUCUUCUGGUUCGCAUGGACCUCGCCACCUCAAUAUCAUAUUCAUUGGAUUGUGCCCAUACUUGCUACGACUCUAUUUGGCUAUUCGUUUUACACACUUAUUUUGAUGACGUAUCUAUAUGUUGAGGAUAGCUAUAUGGUAUUUUCGGCUAGUGCCUUAGCUGGUGUAGGCUUGAUACGAAAUUUGGCAGGAGCGGGAUUUCCACUGUUUGGGAAACAAAUGUUUGUAAAUGUGGGAUAUAAUUGGGCAGGAACAAUUCUAGCAUGUUUGGCAGUAUUGCUUGUUCCUAUUCCUUUUAUAUUAGAGAGAUAUGGUCCGAGACUUAGGGCGAGGAGUUUGUUUGCUAGACAACAUAUGGAUGAUUGAUGAUUUUAUGAUAAUGGAAAGGAAAUAGAUGAUAUGAUGAUAUAGAUCAUGUAGAUAGAUUUUAGCGAUCACUUGACAUUCUGUCAUUUUUCAAGAUCGGUAUAGAGCU